UAGUUCUUUAAUUUAAAAAAAAUGUCGGAUUACGUUCCGACAGGGUUGGUAAUUUUGCAGUCCUAAUUUUGUUUGCCAACCCUAAUUUAUUAACCACUUAAAGUUCUGCUUUCUAUAACCUUCAUGACAACCAGAAACGUAUUUAUGUGACACAAUAGUCAAUAGAACACUAGCAGUACAGCGCUUCAAUACUCCGCUCUAAAGAAACAACAUAGCUGAUAGCUCUAAUAUAAUGAGAUCUAUCUAUCUAGUUCUAGUUACAAGCUUGCGAUAGGUUGUAGGCUAUAGUUUUUUAGUCUAGAAUACUUUAAAUAUCUUCCUGUUUGUAAAUAAUGUAAAGUAAAAUGUCGGACUCCACAGAACGAGUGACAGGAUCGAGACAAAGUCCAGAACUAGCAGACGACGAGCCGGAGCAAGAAGAAUACACCAGAGGCUCUGACGUUUUGAACAUUGAGGGGCUCUCCAACAACCCACAAGAGUUCGACGACGAUUUCAGAAGCGUUGCGCUACACCCCGGCGACAAUACGGAAGAAAGCAAAACUUUAAUCCACGAAAAUAUUUCCGAUGAUCAAAUUGUCGAAGAAGUAAAUUCACUUUUCGAGGAUGGAGAUGAGGAUAGAGAAAGAUCUUUGAACGUGCCAGAAAAUCUAAGGGAGGACGAUCCAUCUCAUAAGUUCGUCGGAAGUAAUCGAGAAGAUGAGAAUGUAAUCUUGCCAAAUCUGAGUACACCGUUCAACCAAUCAGAAAUGGUGUUUCUUGCACCGAGUCAGCAUGUUAGAAUGGGUGGAGGAACCGGCAAGGAGAGUGCUGGCUUGUCAGAUGGGAAAGGCAUCGCCAGUGCAUUAAACAAACCCGAGAGAACAUCACAAGGUGGUCUUACUUAUCAAACUAGAUCAAUUAUAGAUGGACAAGACAGAGAUUACUUUGGUGACAUCCCAGAUAGCAUAUUUCCAUAUUUGUCUGUGAUUCCGGAUGAUGCACUUCCGGGAAUAUUACAUAAAAGGAGAGAAGAGAUUCUUUGUGAAGAGCUCGAUACGGAGCAACGGAAACUGCUACGAGACGAGCGAAUAGCCAGAGUCUAUUAUAACCCGGUCUCGACUAUCCUGGCUCAUCAGCGAUCAGCUCAGAAGCGGGAAACAGAUCGCAUCAAGCAGAAGAUGAGAAAGUCGAUAGAGGACACCGUGCAGAUGCAGCAGACGAUGAGAAAGUCGAUAGAAGACACCGUGCAAAUGCAGCAGACGAGUUUAAAAGAGCGUUUGAAGAAGACGUGUAAGAUCUACGGCGUCAAGUGCAAGCUUGAAACAGACACACCGCGACAUCGGCGGGCCUCCAUCCUGUGCGGGAAGAUCCAAAAACUCCCGCCAUACCAAGGACCGCAUGCGUAUCACGUGACGCCAUACGAGAUGUUGGAUGGUAAAGCUGACAGGAUGGAUUAUCAGUUUGUUAGUAAAAACAUUCCCCAAGUGAAUCGAAUAUCAAGCGUGGACUUUAAAGAGAUGAAAGUCAAUAGGCUCCCGACUACCACUCAUGCCAUCUGGCGGCGUCAGAGAUUUGCGUCCCCUGAAGGAUGUGAUUACCGCCAACUAAAAGAACAAUUCACGUUGGCUAAAUACAAAGCCAUGCUUAAGACCCUGAACUCUUUCACCCAAGAAGAUCAAAUCGCUGUCCGAAACUCUCAACUCUGGGAGCACGCAGUUCCAAUCGACAGCCUUCUUCAAGCAGACGACCAGGGAGAAAGUCUUCCAACAGAUGUAUCUUUAACGAGUGCCCCCAGCCCGGAAGUCUACCUACUAGCGGAGGAAAGAGCAAAGAGAAAAUCAACCCAGCCUUUGCAUACGAAUUUUACUGAGAUCGAAAGAGAUCCUUUAAGAGAUCUCUUGCUGCACACAGAAAUAACCAGACAGAGGCUGUCCUCGUUUCUUAGCUACCGGCCCAAAGGAGACUUUGUUCCUGACCCACGAAAUGACCCUGAAUAUUUGAAACUUUGCGGCAAUACCAAACCAAGAAGAAGCAAGACUUAAAAGCACAUCAAUACAAGUUUAAGAUCUGUUAAAUUGAUUACCCACGAAGCGUACAACUUCUAUAAUUGUUAUAGAGAUCAGGAGCGACAAUGCGUCUCUAUUUUAUCUCACCAUCUGAAGAACUCUACUUGAAGAACGAGGGAUUAUCCUUGCGCCAUAUGGGUGACUCCUUUGAAAUCCUAUACAAAGCUAACCAAAGCAGCAGCCUGACAACUUUAAACGCUGAAAUCAGAGAAGUGAUAAAUAGUCUUUCUUGGAUACGAGAACUCAUGGACAUCAUUUGUCCGUUAUGUAUUACUUGAGCUCAACACAGACCUCAGCAACAUCAACGUUUACCGAGAGCCGGAAACAACGGAAACCUCAGCGCCGCCAAACAAAUCCGCUUCUGUGGGACAGCUAUGGAGAUGGGACUGUUUCUAAUUCUUACAAAGCUGAAAAAGAGACAACGAAUUCCUGGAUUCUGCUUUUAAAUCUGCUUCCAGAAUAGCUCCUUCACAAGCUCCUUCACAUGCUCCUUCACAAGCUCCUUUACAUGCUCCUUCACAAGCUCCUUCACAAGCUCCUUCACAUGCUCCUUCACGAGCUCCUUCACAAGCUCCUUCACAAGCUCCUUCACAAGGAUUAAUAUUUUGAAAACUUAGUUCGUGUGACACAUAUACAUUAGAGAUGUAGUGACUUUUUGCAGUCAUAGAUGAGUUAGAUAUCGCAUAGAUAUCAAGAUCUAAUACUGAACAAUUAUUCUUAUUCUUACAAAGCUGAAAAUGCAACAUCAAAUUCCCGGAUAUUGCCUUUAUAUCUACUUCCAGAAUAGCUCCUUCACAAGGAUUAAUAUUUUGAAAACUGUGUUCGUGUGACACAGAUACAUUAGAGAUGUAGUGACUUUUUGCAGUCAUAGAUGAGUUGGAUAUCGCAUAGAUAUCAAGAUUUAAUACUGAACAAUUAUUCUUAUUCUUACAAAGCUGAAAAUGCAACAUCAAAUUCCCAGAUAUUGCCUUUAAAUCUACUUCCAGAAUAGCUCCUUCACAAGGAUUAAUAUUUUGAAAACUUUGUUCGUGUGACACACAGAUACAUUAGAGAUGUAGUGACUUUUUGCAGUCAUAGAGGAGUUGGAUGUCACAUAGAUAUCAAGAUUUAAUACUGAACAAUUAUUCGUAUUCUUACAAAGCUGAAAAUGCAGUAUCUAAUUCCCGGAUAUUGCCUUUAUAUCUAGGCCUACUUCCAGUAUAGCUCGUAAACAAGGAUUAAAAUUUGGAAAACUUUGUUCGUGUGAAACACAGAUAACUUUAAUAAGUAGUGACUUCGUGCAGUCAUGGAUGAGUUGAUGAAUGUCACUUAGAUAUCAAGAUUUAAUACCGAACAAUGAAGCUCUACUUGCAGCCAUCUCUACGAAAGUGAAAUGUUAGUACAGAUCGAAAGCUGCUAGACCACGUGACCGUUCACAGCGUUUUUUUUUUUGUGCUCAAACUCUUAAUAUCCAAUACUAUCUGAUAACUAUUGAGACAUGACCAUAUUUUUAUACUUAUCUUCAAGCUCUGAAUUGUAUUACAAGAAGCUAGAUACAAUUUUAAGCACCGUUUUCCUAUUUAUUACAUAUUUCAACCAUUUGUAAAACUGACUUAUUAUAAAAACCUAAAUU